UUUAGCUCAAGGCCGCCAUUUUGUGCGGAGACCACUCUGUCAAACAGGGUGAGAGAGGAUUAAAACAGCGGCAGGAGACGAGCGCGUUUAACAUCAUCACCGAAAGACUACAGAACUGAACCCCUGCUUUCCACUGAAUUCAUCGAGAAAAUAAUAAGAAGAGUGUAGGUUCAGGACAGGCAUAGUUAGCAGUGAGUACAGGUUGGGCAGACAUUUUGUUCCAUAGAAGCUGAGAAAUGGAAGAUGCAAACCUAGACAUAUGAAGCAUUCACUGUUGGCUCAGGCUAGACGGAUGGAAGGAGAGCCCACUGGCACUGUGCUGGAGCAGGGCGGAGACGCCUACAAGGGCAAGGACUGCAAGACGUACGAGCGGCGGCGCGAGGGCGGGGCCGAGGAGGAGGCGGGGGCGGAGCUUCUGCAGGCGGUGGGGAUGGAGGCGGCCGACCCUCAGCAGCAGGGCGAGGCCGGGGUGGUGGAGAUGAUGGUGAUGGACUCCCUGGACCCGGCGCUCCUGCAGAUGAAGACGGAGGUGAUGGAGCACCACCACCACCACCCUGAGGUGGGCGUGGGCGUGGGCGUGUCCGGCACGGCGCACGAGGCCACGGUCUCCACGGCGGACGACACGCAGAUCAUCACGCUGCAGGUGGUGAACAUGGAGGAGCAGCAGCUGGGCCUGGGCGAGCUGCAGCUGGUGCAGGUGCCCGUCUCCGCCGCCGCCACCGUGGACGAGCUGCAGGGCGCCUUCGUCGACGCCUCCGACAUGCCCAAGGACGGGGAGCCCGUCAUCUGCCACACGCUGCCGCUGCCCGAGGGCUUCCAGGUGGUGAAGGUGGGGGCGAACGGGGAGGUGGAGACGGUGGAGCAGGACGAGCUGCAGGCCGAGGAGCAGCUGCCCGAGCCCCAGAACGAGGACCCGUCCUGGGCCAAAGACCCCGACUACCACCCGCCCAUCAAGAAGACCAAGAAGGCCAAGAAGAGCAAGCUGCGCUACGACACGGAGGAGGGCAAGGACAUGGACGUGUCCGUCUACGACUUCGAGGAGGAGCAGCAGGAGGGGCUGCUGAGCGAGGUCAACGCCGAGAAGGUGGUGGGGAACAUGAAGCCCCCCAAACCCACCAAGAUCAAGAAGAAAGGUGUGAAGAAGACGUUCCAGUGCGAGCUGUGCAGCUACACCUGCCCGCGCCGCUCCAACCUGGACCGCCACAUGAAGAGCCACACGGACGAGCGGCCGCACAAGUGCCACCUGUGCGGGCGCGCCUUCAGGACCGUCACCCUGCUGAGGAACCACCUCAACACGCACACAGGAACGCGGCCACACAAGUGCGGGGACUGCGACAUGGCCUUCGUCACCAGCGGGGAGCUGGUCCGACAUCGCCGCUACAAGCAUACCCACGAGAAGCCCUUCAAGUGCUCCAUGUGCGACUAUUCCAGCGUGGAGGUGAGUAAGUUGAAACGGCACAUCCGCUCUCACACGGGCGAGCGGCCCUUCCAGUGCAGCCUGUGCAGCUACGCCAGCAGGGACACCUACAAGCUGAAGAGACACAUGAGGACCCACUCAGGGGAGAAGCCGUACGAGUGCUACAUCUGCCACGCCCGCUUCACCCAGAGCGGCACCAUGAAGAUGCACAUCCUGCAGAAGCACACGGAGAACGUGGCCAAGUUCCACUGCCCCCACUGCGACACCGUCAUCGCCCGCAAGAGCGACCUGGGAGUGCACCUGAGGAAGCAGCACUCCUACAUCGAGCAGGGCAGGAAGUGCCGCUACUGCGAGGCGGUGUUCCACGAGCGCUACGCCCUCAUCCAGCACCAGAAGUCCCACAAGAACGAGAAGCGCUUCAAAUGCGACCAGUGCGACUACGCCUGCCGCCAGGAAAGGCACAUGGUGAUGCACAAGCGCACGCACACGGGCGAGAAGCCCUACUCCUGCAGCCACUGCGAGAAGACCUUCCGCCAGAAGCAGCUGCUGGACAUGCACUUCCGCCGCUACCACGACCCCAACUUCGUGCCCACCUCCUUCGUGUGCACCAAGUGCGGCAAGACCUUCACCCGCAGGAACACCAUGGCCCGGCACACGGAGACCUGCACCGGGCCCGACGCCGACGGCGAGAACGGCACGCCGCCCAAGAGGGGCAGGGUGGGGAGGAAGAGGAAGAUGCGCUCCAGGAAGGACGAAGACGACGACAGCGAUGAGCACGGAGAGCCGGACCUGGAUGACAUCGAGGAGGAGGAUGAGGAGGAGGACGACGACCUGCUGUCGGCCGCCGAGUUGGAGGUGGAGCAGGCGCCCGCCACCACCCCGGUGCCCGCCCCCAUGCCCCCGCCCGUCAAGAGGAAACGAGGCCGACCGCCUGGCAAAGCCAACCAGCCCAAACCCGCGCCCCCCGCCGCAAUCAUCCGGGUGGAGGACGAGAGCACCGGCGAGGUGGAGAACAUCAUCGUGAAGAAGGAGGCGGAGCCCGCGGCGGAGGCGGACGCGGAGGAGGAGGAGGAGGGCGGAGCCGAAGGCGGGGAGGCGGAGACCGUGCAGCUGCCCGCCGCGGAGACCGCGCCCAACGGAGACCUGACGCCGGAGAUGAUCCUGAGCAUGAUGGACCGAUGAUGGGCGCGGCGGCUAGCCGCCCCCCCCCCGCCUGCACGCCAGCUCCUCCCAUCGACCCAAAAACUCCGCCCCCCUUCAGUACUCGGCACCCUAUGACCAGUUUGUUUUUGUUUUUUUUGUUUUGUUUAUUUUUGACAAAUUUCAACUCCCUGUUCUAUGGCCUUCUGGCUUCUCACCCUUCAGUAGCACAUCCAGCCGCGCAGAGGAUUGUGGGACGGCCACGGGUGUAGAGGAGCCAUUUCUUAAUGUCGUGAUAAGAUCAAAUACGGUGUGUCCCGGUUGGAGGAGGGGGGGAGGG